AUGUGGGAUUCUAGAGUACUAGUUGAUGUGGAAUUUUAUGAGUUGUUAGAUUUUAACCAUUUAGCACCCGUCAUCAGCUGGCGCAUCUCUAAGCCUUUCGAGCAAGUACAUGACCAUGUGUACAAAUGCUAUUGUGAUUCGCAAGGCCGUGAGGGUGAGGAUGGGGAUGGUGGUGGUGACGAGAGUGUUGAGAUUGAUAUAGCGGCAGCCAGCGAAAAUCUCCCAUUCCCAGCAUCGUCUUCUUCUUCUUCUUCAUCUGGUCUUUUUCUACCACGGAGAAAGAGAAACUGA